UGACACCUGUCAAUCUCAACGCCCACCUUGAAAAAAGUAAUUAAAACGACCCAAAAACUACAAAACAAAAAAAAAGUGAACUACCCAGGAUAUAAAUAGACUCUCAAAAAACGUGAAAUCACACAAAUCCAAAUGGCUGUGAGCAAAGCGCGAAAUAUCGAGAGUCUGGAUGAAAUUUGCGAGUCUUUGGAUAAUUUAUACCUGAAAAACCUGGAAUUAAUGGAAGAGAAAAUCCAAGCGAAUAUUCAGAUGGAAAUUGUUUUAAGAGAGGGGCACAUUGAGUUGGCGAAGGCGAGAUAUAUUCGAGGAAAGGAAAGCAUGGGGCGAUUACAACUUCCAACCAAAGAUGAAGAAGUAUUUUCGCUUUUUGAUCUCGAAACUACAAUAUCAGAGGAGAAAGAAAUUCCUCAUUUUGACAUAAGUCUCAAAAAAUCGAACGAUAAUGAUCAAGAUAUUCAAGAUCCGAUAAAGAGAUUUGGGGUUCUCGUUCCUCAGAAUUUGAGAAAUGCUCAGAAAAAAUUUCAGGAAUCUUUGUAUCAUGCGACUAAAGUUGCGAAUGUUUCCGCCGAACUUUUUGGAACUCAGAAUGAGCUUGAGUCGUUAAUGAAUGUCAAAAAAUCGCUUUGUGGAGAUAAAUCGAAAAUUAAAGCAUAAAUUUAACUUUUUUGAUAUCUUUUUUGUAGCAUAUUAGUGUAAAUAAAUAAUAGGUUUAACUGAAAAUUUGGGGAAUGUAUUCUAAAGUUUUAAUUUGUA